ACGCACAUAUUCACUAAAUGAGGUCUAUUAAAACAAAUUGAAAUGAAAAAAAUGAAUGUGCGUUUUGACUAUAAAAAAAAACUGGAAAAAAAAAAAACUUAAAGGUUUUAGACAUUGAGAUAGUAGAAGAAAUUUUUAAUUUUUGCAAAGUCGCCUUACAUGCACACGUAGGAAACUCAUCUUUUUGAUAAAACGGUAAAAUAAAGCUUCAAAAUACCCGAAAAUGAAUAUGAGUUAAUGAACCUAUGUUAACAAAGUUAUAAAACGCUAUAAUGGAACCGUUAACCGACACGGCAAGAGAAGGAAUUUCAAAUUGUUUUAAUAAGUUUGCAACAGCAGGAAAGCUAUUUUUAACUCAAACUAAUUUUAUUAAACUGUGUAAAAAUUGUAAAUUGUUGGACUCCAAAUUUACUGCUACUAGUGCAGAUCUUCUUUUCUUAAAAUUUCAUGGAAAAAAUUGUAAAAUAACUUUUGAAGAGUUUCUUCAGCUACUACCUUAUGUAGCAAAAGCUAAAGGUGUUGAAUUAAAUGCAGUACAUGAUUGUAUCAUGCAUUGUCAAGACGUUUAUGGAUCUUGUACCGUACCACAACCGAACCGGUUUUUUGAUGACAAAGCCUCUUACACUGGAAUUCAUUUAUAUGGAGGCCCGGUUUCCAAUGAUAUUAAUAAUCGUCGCGUGUUUGACUUAUCACAUUUGACGGAUCGAAGUCCUUGUGAUUCUCGUGGCGUCAGACUCGAUUUUAGUAAAGAGAAUAAACAAUGACUUUUGUUCCCUUUAUAGAAAUAGUGUCAAUUGUCGUUGAUCCUACCUAAAGUGUAUUUUUCUAAAAGAAUAAAAUAUGCAUUGUUUUUUAUUUUAUGUCAUCAAAAAAAUUUAUCUUUUAAAUUAAAAUCAACACUACCACAUGAGUAACGUAAA